AUGCCGAAAACCAAACAUUUCCAAAACCUGAAAAAGCCAGUCCAAUCAGCGCCCCCUUCAGAACCUAUUGAUGCGACACAAGAUAUGACAUCACAAUUGGGUCCUUCAUUCCCUACUACAUUGCAGCAGACUCCUUCAUUACAAGCCACAGGACAGCAAACUCUUUCAUUUCAGGCGACAUCACUACCAACUCCUUCAUUUCAACCUCCUGUUAAUCCCACACCACCACAAGCAACAUCCAAUAAGCGUGCUAAACGUGAGUCUUCACAUCAUUGGACUGUCGAUGGAAUAGAUCGUUACAUUGGUGCUUUUACUAAGGGUCGGACUGGCUUGAAACCAGCUCAUUGUUUUAUCUAUUUUAUGAAGUUCUGCAAUAUUUUGGCUUUAAAGGCGAACCCCCUGUCCCAUGAAAUGUGCCGGAAUGAUUUUGACAAUGUUGUGAAUCUUAACCUCUGUUCAUUUUUUGUGAGAUCACUUUUAGGUUGAACUUUGAGGGUUUCAUGCUUUCUUAGUUUUUAUAUGUCUUGCUAUUAGCCAGUUCCAACAGCAAGACAUAUAGAAGUUUUUGUUGAGUAUGAGAUGGCUACAAGGUGUUUGUAGUAUUUUCUUGCAAUACAUAUAGAAGUUUCUUUACAAAACAAUACAACCAACAUACAACUCAUUUCAGUAAUA